GCCAUGGCGGCCGCCAGCGGUUACACGGACCUGCGUGAGAAGCUCAAGUCCAUGACGUCCCGGGACAACUACAAGGCGGGCAGUCGGGAGGCAGCGGCCGCCGCCGCCGCCGCCGUGGCCGCCGCCGCCGCCGCUGCCGCCGCCGCCGAACCGUACCCGGUGUCCGGGGCCAAGCGCAAGUACCAGGAGGACUCGGACCCCGAGCGCAGCGACUACGAGGAGCAGCAGCUGCAGAAGGAGGAGGAGGCGCGCAAGGUGAAGAGCGGCAUCCGCCAGAUGCGCCUCUUCAGCCAGGAUGAGUGCGCCAAGAUCGAGGCCCGCAUCGACGAGGUGGUGUCCCGCGCCGAGAAGGGCCUGUACAACGAGCACACGGUGGACCGGGCCCCGCUGCGCAACAAGUACUUCUUCGGCGAGGGCUACACGUACGGCGCCCAGCUGCAGAAGCGCGGGCCCGGCCAGGAGCGCCUCUACCCGCCGGGCGACGUGGACGAGAUCCCCGAGUGGGUGCACCAGCUGGUGAUCCAGAAGCUGGUGGAGCACCGCGUCAUCCCCGAGGGCUUCGUCAACAGCGCCGUCAUCAACGACUACCAGCCCGGCGGCUGCAUUGUGUCUCACGUGGACCCCAUCCACAUCUUCGAGCGCCCCAUCGUGUCUGUGUCCUUCUUCAGCGACUCCGCGCUCUGCUUCGGCUGCAAGUUCCAGUUCAAGCCUAUCCGGGUGUCAGAACCUGUGCUUUCCCUGCCGGUGCGCAGGGGGAGCGUGACUGUGCUCAGUGGAUAUGCUGCUGAUGAAAUCACUCACUGCAUACGGCCUCAGGACAUCAAGGAGCGCAGAGCGGUCAUCAUCCUCAGGAAGACAAGAUUAGAUGCGCCCCGGUUGGAAACAAAGUCCCUGAGCAGUUCCGUGUUACCACCCAGCUAUGCUUCAGAUCGCCUAUCAGGAAACAACAGGGACCCCGCUCUGAAACCCAAGCGGUCCCACCGCAAAGCAGACCCUGAUGCUGCCCACAGGCCUCGGAUCCUGGAGAUGGACAAGGAGGAGAACCGGCGCUCAGUGCUGCUGCCCACACACCGUCGGAGGGGUAGCUUCAGCUCUGAGAACUACUGGCGCAAGUCCUAUGAGUCCGGGGAGGACUGCUCAGAGGUGGCAGGCGGCCCCGCCCGAAAGGUGAAGAUGCGGAGGCACUGAGGCGGCCGCACCUCCAGGGAACUCUGGUUAACCCUCAUGUAGCUGCCCCUCCUUUUGUUUCGUUUCGAGGGUUUUUGUUUCUGUUUCUUUUUUGUUUGUUUUUUUAUCUUUAUAUUUUUCCCUUGGUUUGUUGCCUGUUAAGGCUGAAGAACAGAGUUUGUCGGGACCUGGUUAUUGUGUUCUUGCUUUUUCUCCUGCACCGAGAAAGGCUGUUGGCAUCUAUAGGGGACAGAAGC